AUGCAGGCUUCGCACCUGGACGUCCGCCAGGAGGGUUCGCACUUUGGAAAUACCAAUGCUCUCCACAGUCAGAUCUUCCAGGGCAAUUUCUAUGGGCUUACCAUCAAUCCGACGGCUGCUGCCCAAGUCGCCCCUGGCUCGUAUGAGGGCCAUUACGCCAACUCGUCCCUCCGACCGGCCCUCAACUACGUCUCGCGACCACGACUUCACCAAAAGAUCAAAGAACAGUUGCACGACCUCAAGGAUGACGGGGUGGAAGACGUGCAGAUCCUGGUAGUGCGGGGACUCGGUGGAGCGGGCAAGUCGCAGCUGGUGCUGAACUACAUCCGCGAACAUCGACAGGACUACACUGCUGUGUUCUGCAUCGAAGCUGGAUCGAAGGAGUCGAUUGAACGCGACUAUGUCCAAAUCUACCGACUCCUCUACAGUCGCCAGAUGGAUGCAGGCCACGAGAUGGUGAAGGUGGAAGAUGCGGUGGCUGCGGUCAAGCGCUGGUUUCAUGGCCGUGAGGGGCGAUGGCUAGUGGUUCUAGACAGUGCGGACAUCAUCGACAACGAUCGAGACAAAUCUUACAUCGACCUGGGAUAUUUUAUCCCUGACGCGCCUGGAGUGCAUGUUAUUAUCACCUCGCGGAGCUUAACAGCUAAGGAGAUGACAACGCUGGACACGGUGGAAGUAGCGGAUAUGGAGCCACCGGAGGCGAUAGAGCUGUUCCAAAGAUGCGCGAAGAUAAAGGAAAAGGGCCAAGACAUCGCGACGGAAGUGGCUCAAAUCGUCCAAGAGCUGGGAUACUUAGCCUUGGCAAUCACCCUGGCAGGUUCAUACGUAUCGGUGACGGCUCGCUUGUCGUCUGAUAUUAGGCGGUAUCUCCUCGAGUACCGCGAGCGGCGAAAAGAACUACUUCGACGGCGGGCCAAGCGGCAUAUACAUCAAUACGGAGAAAGCGUUUUGAGCACAUGGGAAGCAUCAUUCGAGGCGAUUGAGAAUCAGAAUCCAGCCGCGGCCCGCUUGCUGAGUCUAUUGGCGUUUGUGAACUUUGAGGAUAUCUUAGUCUCUUCGAUGGGGACGGGGCCGGUGUCCUGGCGAGCGCUCCCAAUCGUGGUGCGGAACCAUCAGAGGCCACGACAUCGUCUAAUGAGACGUGGCAGUCGUUCCUCUUCUCUGAGCAGUAAUGGACAGUAUGUGAGCUUGAAUCGGCGUUCGAGACGCUUCAAAGUUAUUCUCCGAUUCAGCGGAAACCGGAUCAAAAGAGCUAUACGAUGCACAAGCUCGAAUAUGCAUGGGGCCAAGACCGGUUGGAGGCGGACGGGAAACGGCAGCUGA